AUGUAUCCAAAUCAUAUUGUUUUCUUACUUUUCACUCUACUCGUAUAUGUCUUCCCAUCUCCGGCAAUCUCCAAUUACUUGAUCGGAGUUGGAAGCUAUGACAGCACAGGUCCAGCUGCCGGAGUCAACAUGAUGGGGUAUGCAAAUCUUGAUCAAAGCACCGCCGGAAUCCAUUUCCGGCUAAGAGCACGAGCUUUCAUUGUAGCUGAGAGCUCCGAAGGCCCUAGAAUUGCUUUCGUCAAUCUUGACGCUGGAAUGGCGUCUCAACUUGUCACCAUCAAAGUCCUCGAGAGGUUAUCCAAAAGAUUUGGGAACUUGUACACUGAAGAUAAUGUUGCCAUAAGUGGGACUCACACUCAUGCUGGUCCAGGAGGUUACAUGCAGUACGUAAUUUACUCUGUAACUUCACUUGGCUUCAUACCUCAGUCUUUUGACGCCAUUGUUACCGCCAUUGAAAUGAGCAUUGUUCAAGCUCAUCAAAAUCUCAAAUCUGGUUCCAUCUUCAUCAACACAGGGGAUUUGGAUAAUGCGGGAGUGAAUCGGAGUCCAAGUGCGUAUCUGUUUAACCCUCCUGAUGAAAGGUCUCGAUAUCCACGAGAUGUUGAUACCCUAAUGACGCUUUUGAAGUUCGUCGAUGGCACAAGUCAAAAAAGUAUCGGAGCUUUCAACUGGUUUGCAACUCAUGGAACCUCUAUGAGCAAAGACAACACACUCAUUAGUGGUGACAACAAGGGUGCUGCUGCUAGGUUCUUUGAAGAUUGGUUUACUUCAACAGCCACAAACUCCACCACCUUUGAUGCACAAGAUGAUAUCAAUGUCUUGAAGGAGAAAGCAGCAGCCAUAAAAGCCACGGGGGGUCAACCUUGCGGAAAGACAACGAGUCAAGGGUUUAAAGUGAGGAAGAACGCCGAUGGGUCUAAAUUUGUAGGAGCGUUUUGUCAGUCGAAUGUAGGAGACGUGAGUCCGAAUGUGUUGGGAGCUUUUUGCACCGAUACUGGCUUACCUUGCGAUUUCAAUCACUCCUCCUGCCAUGGCGACGACCAGCUUUGCAUUGGCCGGGGUCCUGGGUACCCAGAUGAAAUAAAGAGUACGAAAAUCAUAGCGGAGAGACAAUUUCUUAAAGCAGUUGAGCUAUUCACCUCAGCUAAACAGCAGUUAACCGGAAAAAUCGACUAUCGCCAUGUUUACUUAAACUUCACGAAUAUCAAAGUGUCAUUAGCCGGUGGCCGGAGCGGCAUGACAUGUCCGGCGGCGUUAGGCCCAGGCUUUGCUGCCGGAACUACUGAUGGCCCUGGUGCUUUUGGGUUCCAACAAGGUGAUACAAAGAUUAACGAGUUCUGGAAACUUGUUAGAGAUCAUCUGAAAAAACCAAGCGAUUAUCAAGUCGAUUGUCAAAAGCCGAAGCCAGUUCUUCUUUCCACCGGAGAGAUGUUUUUCCCUUAUGCAUGGGCGCCAGCAAUUGUUCCCAUUCAAAUCCUGAGAAUCGGGAAACUAGUCAUAUUAUCGGUUCCUGGAGAGUUCACAACCAUGUCAGGUCGAAGACUACGUGAAUCGGUGAAGCAGACACUCAUAAGUAACAGCGGUGGUGAAUUUGACAACGAUACACAUAUUGUAAUAGCAGGCUUGACCAACACAUACUCGCAAUACAUAGCGACUCCCGAAGAAUAUAAACAACAAAGAUACGAGGCUGCAUCAACACUAUAUGGUCCUCAUACUCUAUUGGCAUACAUCCAAGAAUUCAACAAAUUAGCAGAGUCAAUUGCAAAAGGGCAUAAGAUUGUUAACAAAGGGCCAUCUCCUCCGGAUCUCUCCUCCGUCCAAUUGAAGCUCCUACCAGAUCCUUUCGGCGAAUCACCGCCACCUGGCAUAGAGUUUGGUGACAUGAAAGACGAUGUUUCCAUACCAAAAAGUGGCUUCUUUAGUAAAGGAGACAAACCAAGUGCUGCCUUUUGGAGUCCAAACCCGAGAUACGACCUAUUGAGCGAAGGCACGUAUGCUGUAGUUGAGAUGCUUCAAGGAAAGAGGUGGGUCGCAGCCUAUGAUGAUGAUGAUUUUAGCUUGAUUUUCAAGUGGAAUGUAUAUAAUGAUAGUAGUUAUGGUUUGGCUACUCUUGAAUGGGAAGUGCCUGAUACAGUUAGUAAUGGGGUUUAUAGAUUUAGGCAUUUUGGUUCGUCUAAGAAAACUAUCGGUUCUGCUAUAGAGUACUUUACAGGCGCAUCUAGUGCAUUUACAGUAUCGUAA